GUUCACUGUCAGGCUGCAGCCAGAGGAGCCAGAGGAGCCAGCUGCUCACCACUCAACCUGCCACACUAACUACCUGCUUUAACAUUCAUUUACCCUCCAGACUGGGUUUACUUCUGUUCUACACGACACCGUAAACACCCACAGUGUGACUUCCCUCCGUUUGAGAUGGUCGUUUUGACAAAUAACAAUGAAGAGCAGGAUUAUAUCCUGAUAGAGGAGCGUAAAUGCACCUCCCUGCCCAACUCUCCAGCCAAGCGAGUGUCUCCCACCAAAAAGAAGCAGUUCUACAUCAACCAAGCCAUCCGCAACUCCGACCUCACUCCCCGAGCCAAAGGCAAGAAGAGCCUCCGCCGACUGGAGAACACGCGCUUUCUUGCUAAUCUUCUUGAGAGGGACGAGUGCUCCAAAGAUGAUCUGGAAGUUUGCAGUAACCCGGCGAUCCCAUCCAUCUUCACUGAAGCCUGCACCAACGGAAAUUACAUAGAGCCAUGGAAUGACUUCAUGAAUUGCUCCGGCGAGGAGCAGGAGAGGCUGCUGUCUCUGCUGGAGCAGGAGGAGGCCAAGAAGAAAAACACCAGCCGGCCUCUCAAAGACGAGAGGAAUGUAAAUCCUGCCUUCACUGCUCAGGACUGCUUCCAGAGAAUCGAUCGCAGGCUGCGAGCGACUCUUAAACGGAAACAAAUCCCCAUGGGAACUCUGGAAGUACUUGAGGAAAACCUUCUGAGCGUCUUCAUCGCUCAACCUCACUCCGUUUACACAACCAACCUCGCCAGCAGCUUUGAGAGACUGCUGCUUCACGCCGUCUGCCAGUUUAUGGACCUCGUCUCUGCAAGCAGCGACUGCAACGGGUCGCGUCAGACUGAAGUGGUGAACAAACAGGAAGAGUUUCUGCCUCCUAGUCUUCUGCUGUCUGCCUACUUGGAGCAGAUGAGCUGAGAUCAGGACCACGUUUCCUCCGCACAGCUGGGCUGCAGGCAGGAGCUCUGAGAGAUGUAGAUGAGUCUGUAUGUGUUAUCUGGGUAAUGAUGUCCGCCACGCUCAGAAAGCGGAACUAAAAAAAGCCUUCUUCUCUGG